AUGAUCAUGAAAGAUUCAGUUUUAAAUACAUCAAAGGAGCAAUCCACUCCAAACAGUAAGAUGUAUGUAAUCAAAAGAGAUGGAACCAAAGCUUCUGUACAAUAUGAUAAAAUUACACAAAGAUUACAAUCACUUUGUGAUUUAGAACCAAAGUUGAAUGGAGAGGUUAUCGAUCCAUCAGAAGUAACACAAAAGGUAGCCAGUGGUGUUUUCCCUGGAGUAAAGACAACAGAGUUGGACAACUUGGCUGCUGAGACUGCUGCCUACAUGUCCACCAAGCAUCCAGACUACGGUGUAUUGGCUGCACGUAUCUCUGUGAGCAAUCUGCAUAAGCAAACCAGCAGCAGCUUCCUCGAGACCGUUGAGAAGCAACACUCUUUCACCAACCCAAAGACCGGACAACCCGCUCCACUUGUCUCGGACGAGUUGUACAACCUCGUCAAGAUUCACCACAAGCGACUCGAAGAGGCCAUCGACUACAGACGUGAUUUCGAAUACGACUUUUUUGGAUUCAAAACGCUCGAACGUAGCUAUCUCCACAGAAUCAACGACAUCAUCAUCGAGAGACCACAACAGAUGUUGAUGAGAGUGUCUAUCGGUAUUCACGGUGACGACAUUGACUCUGCCAUUGAAACCUACAAUCUCCUCUCACAGCGUCUCUUCACCCACGCCACACCCACCCUUUUCAACUCUGGUACACCAUCGCCACAGAUGUCAUCGUGUUUCCUCGUCCAAAUGAAGGAGGAUUCCAUCGACGGUAUCUACGACACUCUCAAGCAGUGCGCUCUCAUCUCCAAGUCAGCCGGUGGUAUCGGUAUUGCCGUACACAAGAUUCGUGCCGCUCGUUCCUACAUUCGCGGAACCAACGGUACUUCCAACGGUCUGGUUCCAAUGUUGCGUGUCUUCAAUGAUACUGCCAGAUACGUCGACCAAGGUGGCGGAAAGCGUAAGGGUGCUUUCGCCGUCUACUUGGAGCCAUGGCACGCCGACAUCGUUGAGUUCCUCGACCUCCGAAAGAAUCACGGUAAGGAGGAGAUGCGUGCUCGUGACCUCUUCUACGCACUCUGGGUAUCCGACUUGUUCAUGGAGCGUGUCGAGAACGACGACGUCUGGAACCUCUUUUGUCCAAACGAAGCACCGGGUCUGGCCGAUUGCUGGGGUGACGAAUUCCGUGCACUCUACGAAAAGUAUGAAAACACACCAGGACUUUCGCGUCGUACCAUCAAAGCACAAGACCUCUGGUUCACCAUCAUCGAAUCGCAAAUUGAAACUGGUACACCCUAUUUCCUCUACAAAGACGCCUGCAACAGUAAAUCGAAUCAACAGAAUCUCGGUACCAUCCAAUGCAGUAAUCUCUGCACAGAGAUCAUCCAAUAUACAUCGGCCGAUGAAGUAGCGGUCUGCAAUCUCGCAUCGAUCGCUCUUCCCAAGUAUGUCCGUGAGAAUAAGGAAACCGGUAAGCCAGAGUUUGACCACCAGUAUCUCUUUGAGGUGACCAAAACGAUCACUCGUAAUCUCAACAAGAUUAUCGAUCGUAACUACUACCCAGUGUUGGAAGCACGUAACUCUAACUUUAGACAUCGUCCAAUCGGUAUUGGAAUCCAAGGUUUGGCCGACGUCUUUAUUCGUUUGCGUUUGCCAUUCGAAUCGAACGGUGCUGCCAUCUUGAACAAAGAGAUCGCCGAGACUAUCUACUUUGCUGCGUUGACUGCCUCUGCAGAGUUGGCCGAGCGUGAUGGUCCAUACGAGUCGUUCAAGGGUUCGCCCGCCAGCAAAGGUACACUCCAACAAGACUUUUGGAACGUAACACCCUCGCCAAGAUGGGAUUGGACAUCACUCAAGCAGAAGAUCAUCUCAACCGGUUUGCGUAACAGUUUGCUCAUCGCGCCAAUGCCAACCGCCUCCACCUCACAGAUCCUCGGAAACAACGAAGCUUUCGAGCCAUACACCAGUAACAUCUACAGUCGUCGUGUACUCGCCGGUGAAUUCACCGUCGUCAACAAACAGUUGCUCCAAGAUCUCAUGGAUCUCGAUCUCUGGACACCAGAGAUGAAGAAUCAAAUCAUUGCCCAUCGUGGUUCCAUCCAGAACAUCGAAGACAUUCCAGACGACCUCAAGGAACUCUACAAAACCGUAUGGGAGAUCCGUCAGAGAACUUUAAUUGAUAUGGCUGCCGAUCGUGGUGCCUUUAUCGACCAGAGUCAGAGUUUCAAUGUUUUCAUUGCAGAGCCAACCUUCCAGAAGCUCACAUCGAUGCAUUUCUACGCAUGGAAGAAGGGUCUAAAGACUGGAAUGUACUACCUACGUACCAGAGCCGCUGCAGAUGCCAUUCAAUUCACUGUCGAUCAAACCAUGUUGGCAAACAAAGAACAAAAAGAUGCCAAUGCCACAGCAACCGCCGAUGGCGCUCAACCACCAUCAACUCCAAUCCGUACACCAACCAAAACACCAACACGUAACAACAUCACCCCAACCAGUCCAAACAAUAUCGUUAGUCCACUUCGUUUCCAAACCCCAACAAGUUUAUCACAACAAACACAACAAGAUGAAAACUAUGAAAACAUGGUUUGUCGUCGUGAAGAAGGUUGUGUUGUUUGUGGAUCAUAA